CUGGUGGUUCAGAAUUUUUGUUUUGUUUAGAAGCUGCAGCAAGAAUGUAAACAAAACAAUCCAUUCGGAGAAAUAAUCUACCAAACUGUGAUUUUCUCGGUUAAAUUUAAGGCUAAGGCCGUUUGUCGAAACGCUUCCUCGGCAAUGUCACCGAAAGUGCAGCGAUGCUCGAUAUGUGGGACGCUCGAGACGGCGAGAUGGUACCUGCUGGACCGACGAUCCAUCUGUUCCGACUGUCACGACGUUCAGCUCAAUCCCCCAAUAGAUCCACGGGAAGAAAGAUCCCCCGAGCCGGAAAACCGACCCCAACAGUACGAAGAUCUCUUGGAAGAGGAUGCCCCACCCGCACGAAUAGACGCUUCUGCUGUGCAGCACUCCUCAGAACGCGCCUUGCUUGAAUGUCCGGUAACACCGAAGAAAGUGGACGUUCCCCAACCCAGCGCAGAAGGACAGGUAGAUCUCGAAUCAGGCGCCGACGGCUUCGUUGGCAUGGACGAGCAGGAAGAGCUGCACGAUAGCGUUCCACCGGUGGGAAUGUUUUCGCCGCGCCGCUUGCGCCGUCGCGUCUGUCCCGUCACCCGGGUGCCGGCACGGCGCGGCACGAAGAAAAACGGCCGCACGACCAAAUCGCGCAGAGCGCUGACGAAAAAGCAGCCCACGAAAGCGCCGCGCGAAACGGCCUCGACCAGGACCGUCUCGAAAGUGCUGCAGGACAACGUGUGGUACCAGGUGGGGGACAUUGUGUCGAUGCUCGAUACGAAGGAUAAUACGUACUACGCCCAGAUCCGGGGCCUGAUCGUGGACGCGUACAAUGAGAAGAGUGCGGUGCUGACGUGGCUGCUUCCCUCGACCGUCAGCCCGCCGCCGAACGAAGGGUUCGAUCCGGCCACGUAUAUGGCUGGGCCGGACGAGGAAGCACCGAGGCGGCUUACGUACAUGCAUUUUGUCAUGAACGCGCCGGUGAAUUACUUUCUCGACCGGAACGAACCGUACCCGCGCCCGGAAUGCUACGGACCGAGCAACACCACACAGUGCGACAAUCGGAACUACGUGUGGGCCACCAUGGGGCGUUAGGGGACUGGUUUCGAAUUAAGCCUAGCGUGCUAAGCAAUCUACUUUAGUAAGGAAGAAUACAGUUGAAGUAAGUAAAAGUGCAAA